GUGGCGCCACUGCGCACUUGUUGACAUACAAGAUAAGUGUUACGAGAGAGAAAAAUAAAUAUUUGUGUACGUUGAUGAUGAGUCGUGCAUGUUAAACGUUCUCGCCAACACCCCAUCUGUUCUCAAUGUGUGUGAGAAUCACACAAGGUGACAAAUGCAGUCGCCCAGACCACUGUUGACUUUUCUUGUUUUUGUGGCCACUCUUUGGACAAAAUCAGGUGGAAAUGCACAGACAUAUGGGAUGGAUAACAAGGCAACAUGUCUGACUGAUGGAAUACAUAUGAAGUAUAUCGAAGAUGGGAAGAGUGCAUCAGUUGUUGGCAAAAACACUUUAGUCAUACAGCAGGCUUCAUCCAAAGUUUGCAAGAUAAAGUUUAAGCCUUUAUCUAAGAAAGGCCGCGACUAUCUGAGCCUCAAGUUUGAGAGUUUCUACAUCAAUGACUGCGGCAUCAGCCUCACUAUAGCCCAGUCCCCAGACAGCACGUUUGAGCAGGAUGUGGCAAAACUGGUGCACCUACAGUGUGAACAGGCCAGUCCUAGAAUUCUUUAUGCUAAGAAGGAUUACACAGUUCAGAUCACACUCUCCAGGGAGGAUAUUUACCUGAGAAAUUAUAAUUUCAGAAUCAACGUUUCUUUAUCAGAUGGUCCACCCAAAACAGGUCCAAGUGUUGCUGUUAUUAUUGGAAUAUCAGCAGCUCUUAUUGCUGUCAUCGCUAUCAUUGCUUUUAUUCUUAUAAAGUACAUACGUUUGAAAAAUUCUGUCCUGCGAGAGAGGCGAGCGGAACGAGCCAUAGAAUCAGCCUUGUACAUCUACAACUCUCAGGAGCUGGAUCGACAAGACAUAGGACCUAAUACACCAGUGCCAGGACAGAGGCUAGAGAAUGGUGCUAACACUCACACAGGUGCUCAUCGGAAUGGCGGCAUUCAUGGCACCAACUCCCAGGAUGAGAGAAGAUCACUGCUGACUGUAAACCAGAACAGUUCACGAACUAAUGGCCAUAUGCCCCAGUCAACAGAUGUGGAUGUGAUCCCUCCAGAAUACUGCACCGAGAGUAAAGGUUCUCUGGACUUGGAGGGUGACAUGCCCCCAUCUUAUGAAGAAGCACUUGAAAUGCCAAAACCACCCGAUUCUCCCAUUUAUGCCAAUGCCUAGUUCAGCUCACUUUUCCACUUUAGUUUAAAGGCUGUGCUGCAUGAGACUUUACUCUUCAGGACUUUAAAUUUGACAUCAUAUGUGAUGAGGAAGCCUCGCAUGCAUCCCCGCUAGUUGCCGGCACCAAUAUCGAAUUAACACUGGCAGCAAAAUGUUUAUUGAAGAGUUGUGAAAUGUUGAAUAUUUGUCACUCAAUACCAACAACAUGCACAUGCUAUUUCAGCAAAGAGUUACUAUAACUUGCUGUGACAUUCUACAUAUCCUAGUCCUGAUUGUGAGGCUGCAGUUGCCUUGCAAAUUUGUGUUUAAUCAUUCCUACAUUGUCAAAGUUAUUCAUGUCUAUUCAUUUUUGUUUUUUUGUUUAUUAGUUUCCUCUCUGUGGAUACAGAUGUUAGUUUUGUUUGGACAGCAUACUGCCCCUCACUUGGUAUUGAUACAGUGGGCAUUACUGCAUAUCUAGUACUGACUGUGUCUGGAAUGGACAAGGCUGGUAUGUACAACCAAGUAAAAGCCUUUGGUGUUCCUCAUGCAUAAGACACAUUGCAUUCACAACUAUGUGAGUGUUACUCUUUUUUCCAGCACAUGAUCUAAAAAUUCAUUUAUGUACUAACCUAAUCUUAGCAAGCUGGCAGAUACUUCUGCGCACUAUGAUCUUAGGAGAUACUAAAGUUGGAACAUGGUCAUUAAGCUACCUCCUGUAAAGGGCGCUGCUUAAUGUAGUUGCUCGAAUUUGAGUUCUGCUGCUGUAGCAGGUUUUCUCAAACAUGUGCUUCUGACAGAUGUUAAAGACUUCAUCCCUGAUAAAUACCCCUGGGACAUUUGUAUGACAUGUGAUUAUAUGACAUUGGAAGUCAUGGUCACUCUGUAUGAACUAGGUAGUAAAAAAAGCUUGUGUACAUGAUAACUUCAGUAUUUCGGAUUUGAAAAAUGACAAAACUUGGUACACAAAAUCUCCAGGGAUUGGUCUCACACACAUCAACCUUUGGGUGAGCUUCACUACAGCUAAAUUAUGAAACAUGGUUCAAAUUUCAGGAAAUUUCAAAUUAAUUCCUGAUGUCACUAUCAAAAUAGUUCAGGAUACAGGUUUUUGAUGUACAAAGUUCUGAGGCAUUCAGGAAAAGGUGAGAUUGGUCCGCCAUUUUUCAGUGUUUGAUGACAACCGACAACCUGAAAGAAAAUUUGUGUCGUACAUCACCUGUAACCAUGCUCUCUCAUUUAGUCCCACAAAUAUUUCUUGUAAUUAAAUUGCCAUGUUUUAGUGUUGUGCAUGCAACCUCAUCUGUUGCAGCUAUUCACCUGACUCAUAUUGUGGUUGUUCUAUAGGCUUCACUGACCACUAAGGCAGUGUGGGCAUUAUUUCCAAUCAGAUUUCAUUAAUUUGUUUUGUAUUUGGUUGCAUCUUCAUGGACCAUGGAAAGAUUUAUUUCAAUUCAUCACAGUGAUCAUGGCAAAUAAUCUGUUUACAUACAUACACUGCAUCCAGUAUCUAGCUGUAUAAACUUAAAGUUUGUGUAUAGUGUGUUACAAAUGCUAAAAGAAUGCUUCAUAUCCCUCCCCUGGUUGCUACUUUGUCAUUUGCUCAUCACGCCCAUUCCCAACGUGGGUACAAUGUGUGAAGCUCAUUUCUUGGGUCCCCCGCCCGUGAUACUGCUGGAAUAUUGCUAAAAACGGUGUAAGCUAUACUCACUAUUGGCCUAGUUACAUAGACAGGCAGACAUGUACUUCAUAUGGGACAAAUAAUAUUUUAGUUCUCAUAUAAAUACUGUCAUAUGGUAUCAUUUCCUGUAUAUAAUAACAAGCACUUUGUAAUUAAAUAUUAUCAUUCAUUAUGUACAUUGGUAGAACAUAUGACUACCUUACUAUGCUGGCUGAGUGUUACAGGGCUCACAGGGAUACACUUUCUAUAGCUUAUUCUUGAUGGUGUAGCUGAUAUUCUGCUAAAGGUGGUGCAAAGCUUUGUAUGCUUUCCGUGAACUGUACAGGAUAACACCUUGUAGAAAUAGGUAGGUUGGGACUAAAUAGGUGGAACCUGUUUCUUUCUGGAAUAAAUUGUUGAAUUUUCUCUAAAAAAUGUUCAGUUAUGCCAUUUUGACAAAGAAAACUGAGUGUCAUAAUUUGGCAAUAAAUGUAUGACAGUGUCAGUCAUGGAAUAUCUGAGAAACAAUAUCAGUUGCUGAGGUGGGUAUUUCAGGUUACAUUCUUUAAACUCUUUCCACAGCAUCAUUGGAAGUUCAAGCCAUUCAUAUGUUUUGCCAAACAACCUAAGGGGGAUAGUGAGAGAGUACUGCGCUUCUUUCAGUGUAACACACAUUUCAUGUGCAGUUCUUUUAGCAUUUAUGUCUUCAUACAUACUUCCUGUUUUUCUGUGAUAAUGACUGGCAUCUGAGCACACUGAUAUGUACUUUGCACACUUGUGAGGUUGCAAACAUGUGGACACGGUGGAGGUACAUCCUCAGUGGGGUUUAUUUGGAUGAUCAGAUGGCAAGUGUUUCCACACUACAUUUAAUGUUCUUAAUGCUGAAUACAAUCCCAAUUAUGGCAUGUGUCUAGGUGGAACUUAGAUGAGUUUUCGUUUUAAUGUUUAGCAGCUUCUUUUGAAUUUUGUUAUUAUGAGGAAUUACUUAUGAAGAUAAAUCAAUACAUUUGUCUAUUUGCAUGUUAAACAUAAGUUACCUUGUACCAAAAUGGCAUUUUUUUAUGAUAUUACUUUGUGAAAUAUUGAUGCAUGCCAGCACAAUGAACACAUAUUUACAUAGACUCUCAGUUUGAAAUGUAUUAUAAAACUAAUACAAGAAUAUGAAAAGGCAAAGAAAACAUAUUGAGUUGGGUUGGGAAAUACUGGAGUUUGCUCUGUGCUUACCUUCUGGCAAGUGUUGGUAGCGUGUGAACAUGUGAGUCUGGGCAUCAGCAUGAUGUCGAGUGGAGAUCAGUAGUGAGGUGUCAUGGCUAUGGUUGUUCUAAAUACUGUCAAAACACUUAUUUUCACUGGAGUCUAUUACUAGUAACAGCAUCCCAGGCAACACAAAGUAUCAAGAUUUAUUGACAAUUCAUACGUCCAUUUCAUGAUUACACAUCUUCAUCCAGACUACAUAUUUUCUUUUUACAGCAUCAUACAAUUUUAAUCAUGUAUAUAUUAAAUGUCAAGACUUGAUUCUUCCACAUCUGUUCCAUGCCCUAAGGUAACCAAGUUCCCCUGUUAUGUCUACCUGUGAUGUACAGAGAUCGUGUAUUCCUAUGUUGUUUGUAUGCUCAUAUUCUCACUGUGUUCUUGUUCCUUCCCUAACUAGCAGGGUUUCCAUAUGCUCCUACAUUUACUAGUGCUUUUCAAAGAUCUACUGUACAAAGAUAUCUCUUUGUGGAUAUUUAACCAAGGUUGAAAGAAGGCUGAAAGAUUGCCAACAUAAUUGAUUUUUAGAGAUACAUAUGGUGUGUUUAUAUCAAAACCAACAGUUGGAUUGGACAAUGGCCAUCCACUAGAAGAGUGAGACAGAAACCCAAAUUAGAUAAAUUGUAGUGUAAUUAUGAUCUCUCAAACUGUCAUGAGUUUUGUGCUGUUUUUUUUUCCUUUUUAGUAAAUAAGAUAUUUUGUCUAAUCAUUUUAAUGAUGAACUUUUUAUUCCUGAUAACCUCCAGGUGAGAUAAUACAGACGUUUUACUGUGAUUGUGCCUAUGAGUUUUUGUGAAGCUGAGGAAAGAUUGGUGACAUUGUCCAUCCAAUGAUGCCACAUUGUUGAAGAACCUGUACAGCUGCUUGAAGUGGGAUACAGGAGGGUGGCAAGGCUUCUGGCAGUGAAUUUUGUGCCUUUUCAGUUGUGGGUAAAGUGAAUGUAUCUCCUUGUCCAAGUUGUCGUGUUGUGUGUGGAACAUGUAAAUAGCCUGGUGUCUUCUUUGUAUAAAUCAGCAUAUCUCCAAUACUUGCGACCAUGACAUUCACAAUAUCUGCAUUUUCAUAUUAUUGUUUGAUUGAUUCAAGGGGUUAUUUUCAUGAUGGAAAGAUUUUCCUUCACAUCCCCCUCUCCGAUUGAUGUCACUUUUAUAAUUGAUCUUAAGGACGCUUAGUAUUAGUCUCGUGAGAAUGUAUAAUAACUGCAUUAGAUAUGCCCUGUAUGCAGCCUAAUACUAAAGACAUUUGCUCAUGUGAAAGAAAUAAUUUAAAAUCGGCUGAUAGUGAAUAUUAUAUUGAGGUACAAAGUUUAUUGCUAUAGCUAUCACUUAAUCUGAUAUUCAGUGUAAAAUGAUGGUCUGUAGGAUGCUUUCUUAUUUUAUUGACAUACAGAGAUCCUGGGGAAGGUUAUUGUACACAGCUGCACCUCUAAGUUACCCACUUACUUCUUUGUAUGUCUCAUGUAAUCCUACAAUUAUUUCCAAGGACAACUGUGUUGUGCCUGUGAACGGUAAGGGACUGACCAUUUCAUAUUCUGGGUUUGGGUGAGGGGCUGGGAUUUUGUAUCAAGAUUAGAUUUUUUACAGCUAUUGCUACAGCAACAAAAACAGACAUUUUUGUAUUUAAAACUAUGAGCCAGAAGUUUCUUGAAACUAUGUCAUUUUUUUAACAGCCUAAAUAAGUUGUUUUUUUAUUUUCAAGAAGUGUUUGGUUGUUUUAAUAAAAUUUCAGCCCCGAUUGCCCACCCCCCAAUCCCAGAAUAUUAAAUGGUCGGUACCUAAGAUCAACAAAGGCAGAUAUUCUCCUAAUUCUGCCCAAUUCUUCAUACAUCUAUAAGUGCGUUUAAAAAAUGUGCUCUACAAAGAAGUGUGAAUAUUUAACAAGGGUGAAACAUGGCUGAAAGAUUGCCAAAGUAAGGUUUUAAAAAAGAUACAUAUGGUGUGUUUUUAUCAUUGUCCAAAUUGGAGUGGCAAAGGCCAUCAUCUAGAAGCUGGGAAAGAAACCCAAAAUAGAUAAAUUGUAGUGUAAUUAUGAUGUCUCAAACUGUCAUGAGGUUUCAUUUUUGCUAUUAUUCCCUUAGUAAACCAGUUGUUAUGUGCAAUCAUUUUAGUUAUGAACUUUUUAUUUCGGUGAGGUAAUACAGACAUUUUUUUGAGAUUGUGCCUAUGAGUUUUAUUUUGUGAAGCAACAAAUUCUGCACAUUGCAACCAAAUUCCAUGUAACAAAGUAGUUGUAGUUUGCUGACCUGUAGUAUUUCGAUUCAUGUCCCUAUAUACACCCUGGUACCUCUGCACUACGAUCCAUUCAUGUCCCUAUAUACACCCUGGUACCUCUGCACACAAAUUUAUUCAUGUCCCUGUAUACACCCUGGUACCUCUGCACUCAAAUCCAUUCAUGUCCCUAUAUACACCCUGGUACCUCUGCACACAGAUCUAUUCUUGUCCCUAUAUACACCCUGGUACCUCUGCACACAGAUCUAUUCUUGUCCCUAUAUACACCUUGGUACCUCUGCACACAGAUCUAUUCUUGUCCCUAUAUACACCCUGGUACCUCUGCACACAGAUCUAUUCUUGUCCCUAUAUACAACCUGGUACCUCUGCUCACAGGUCCAUUUAUAAACUCCCUGUCCCCAUAGCACCUCAGUGAACCUCUCCAUUCUAAAGCUCCUACCCUCUCUCUUGUAAAAUGUUUUUUGACUAUUGAAAUCCAUUCAUUUGCAGUAAACUUUAUUUUCUGGAGCUAUUAUUGAAUACAGUUCAAAUCUAUUUGAAAAUCAUGUACAUGAGGAAGUUUCAAGUGGUGCCUUUCUAAUUCUAUCAGUUUUAAUCCAAAGUUUCUCUUUUGUAUUUCUAUGACAACACCAGUGUUUUGUUAUUUUGAUCUGGUCAGAUUCCAUAUCAGUAAACUGUUAAUGUGUUUGAUCCUGAAGAGAAACAUCAGAAAAGUAGAUACAUGUUGGGCUCACACCUCAACUUGGAAGGAAGGAUGGUCUUACUUGGCAGGGUAUGUGGAGGACUUUUGAUUAAAUGGACUCUUUGCUUGUAGUAGGAUACCUAACAGACAAUACCAAGUACUGAGUGUCUCCCACAACAUGAUGGUGCUAUGUAUGUGUAACAAUAAAUAGUUACACAAGAGUGUAGCAUUUUAAUAAUAGUCAGAAUUAUACAUCAUUCCUAAAUUUGAUGUUAGAACCCCAAGCUAUGAGAUGAGGAAAUGUCCAUUGCUCAAGCAGUAUGAUGUAGUAUGUAGGACAUGCUCCUUUGUGCCUGUAGUAGUUACAGGACAACAUGUAGCACACUUUGAUGUCACACUACGGAGUGGUUGGGGUUGAGUGCAGUCAAUAAAGAUCAACAGGCA